GGAUGGAACUGAAACAGUGUAUAAUCAUGGGAUGGAACUGAAACAUCAUAAUUAUGGGAUAUAAUUGGAACACUAUAAUUAUGGAAUAGAACAGAAACACUGUAUAAUCAUGGGAUGGAUCUGCAACAAUAUAAUCAUGACAUGGUAGUGAAACUGGAGGUCAUAGUGUUUGGGGAGUGGGAAGUAAUCAUGGUUCAUGGCAAGUGUAGCUUAUACUCUCAGAUAUUAUAAAAUACAUUUUAAGACAGUGAAACUUGUAUUUUUGCUUACAUCCUAGUAAAGGACUAAAAUGAGGGUAUAUUUACAGUACAGGAUUUUAUUUUGACAUUUUCUAAUUUGACAAAUUUGUUAUAAUGCUUUGCACAGAGCGACAAUUAUUAAGGAGAUCACAGUAACAAUGGAAACUCAUGGACUGAGUGUGGAUCACCGGCACGUGAUGCUGCUGGCCGACCUCAUGACUAGUACUGGCAAGGUGCUUGGCAUCACUCGCUAUGGACUCUCAAAAAUGAAAGCGUCCGUUCUCACGCUUGCUUCUUUUGAGAAGACAGCUGAUCACUUGUUUGAUGCUGCUUAUUAUAGUCAGAAUAAUGUCAUCCAGGGUGUGAGUGACUGUAUUAUUAUGGGGAAGCCCAUGAAUAUUGGUACUGGAGUAUUCAAACUUCUUCACAAGCACCACAGGGAAGCCAAGCCUAGAAUGAGGGACUUCUUGUUUGAUAACCCCAAGAUAUGUCUUUCUCUAGGUGACACUAGUACUGGUACAGUAACUAGUUAGGUGUGACAUUGACAAAAAGUCAUCUGAGAGGGUUUAGUGAGUAUUGUCUGAAUGUUAAGUUCUGAUAGAUGGUUUAGUGAGUAUUGUCUGAAUGUUAAAUUCUGAUACAUGGUUUAGUGAGUAUU